AUGACGUUGUGUGGUCUGCUCCCUGGCCCGUCUGCUGGCUCGUCCUCACACCAAUCCGGCCGCCUCCAGCGCAAGGUACUAGUGCUCGGUGACGGAGCCAGCGGCAAGACCUCGCUGCUCUUCGUGCUCAUUCGUCACAACUUUCCCGACCAUUACGAGCCCACAGUAUUUGAGAACUACACUCAUCUCAUGCACUCGUCAAAAGCAGAGGUGGAGCUGACGCUGUGGGACACAGCGGGACAGGAGGAGUUCGACAAGUUGCGGAGCCUCAGCUACGCGGAUACCGACGUCGUGCUGCUCUGCUUUGACGUGGCUAACUCGGUGUCGCUGGAGAACGUCGAGUCGCGGUGGAUCCCCGAAAUCCGCCAACACACCCCACAAGCACCCAUCGUGCUCAUCGCUCUCAAAUGCGACCUUCGCGACUCCUCCUCCUCCGAGAAAACCCUGGGGUACAGCGCCGGCGUCGAGGUGGCCAAACGCAUCAAGGCCAGCCGGUACCUCGAGUGCUCAGCCAAGAAGAAUCGGGGUGUUGAGGAGGCCUUUGCUGAGGUUGCGAACAUUGCUGUUGCCAGCCGGGCAAAGAGGAGACGAUUGGGUGAGGGAGGCUGCACCAUCGCUUGA